AUGGCCCCAUAUCUAUCUUUGUGUGCUGUACUCUCGCCCUAUUUGCACUGCUUGUCUCGUAGCGGUGGCUGUGCCCUACCCAGGGGCUUAAUGCCAGGUACAGAGGCGGUGAGCUCUAGCCGUGUUCAGUGGGCAACCACCCAGGGUCGAGGCCUGCUGUGCGCACGCUAUAAAACCCCCGCGGCAAACCGAACGCCUACCCUCUCAAACCGCCUCUCGAUGCGCGGAUUUACAUCGUACCUUGUUGCAGCACUUGCUGCCCUAUCCCUAUUAGGGGAAAAUGUCUAUGCUACCGCUAUCCCUCGAGUCGAGGGCGACAAACGAUAUAUUGUCCUUCUCAAAGAGGAAACGAAUCGACGCACUCACAUGGCGUGGGUAGAUGGACAGCGUGCCAAGAUCACCGCCGGGUCUCUAUCGGUGCUUAGUGUUACAAGCAGUUAUAAUGCGCUCAACGGCUACACCGCGCACCUUAGCGAUGACAGAGUUGCACAACUUUCCAAGUCGCCCGACGUCGCUAUGGUGGUCGAGGACCAACGCUGUGAGGGCUACCGCGGGCUCAAACAAACGGAUGCACCCUGGGGCAUUUCCCGUGUCAGCCGCAAAACGAAACUACGCCGAGGUUCAAAGGUCGACAAACUAAAUUACGUAUUCGAGCGCAAACCUUCCGGUGCUGGAGUGGACGUUUACGUUCUAGACACGGGUGUGAACACCCAACACGUCGAUUUUGGUGGCCGAGCAGGAUGGGGCGCUACGUUUGGCCCAUAUAAUGACACCGAUGGUCAUGGACACGGGACCCAUAUCGCCGGUACAAUUGCCGGGAAACGAUUUGGCGUCGCCAAAGCUGCUUCUAUCGUCGCAGUCAAAGUGCUGGGAGAUGAUAACUCGGGCUGGAAUACUGCAGGGAACAGCAACCGAGAUGCGAAGGACUUUAGCCCGGCCCGUGUUCCUGAUGUUAUCACCGUCGGUGCUACCAACAUCCAGGAUGGCCGUUGGGUAACUUCUGCAAGCGUUGGGUCGAAUUAUGGACCCAUAGUGGAUGUGUUUGCGCCUGGGCAAGAUAUUACCUCGGCUUGGAUUGGGUCCGACACAGCGACUAAACGACUGACAGGCACUUCAAUGGCUACCCCGCAUGUCGCUGGCCUUGUCGCCUAUCUUCUGGCAGUAGAGGGUCGUCGCACGCCUGCAAAUAUGAUGACCAGAAUCAAGCAGCUCGCACCCGAUCGUUUAUUAUCUGGCAUCCCUCCUGGCACUCCGAACGAGAUUAUCUGGAAUGGAGGUGUUUGA